GUGGGCAGCGGCGGCGGCGGCGGCAUGGAGGGGCUGUACCAGCACACCCACAAGCAAGUCCAUGAGGUCCAGUCUUACAUGGGGCGCCUGGAGACUUCAGACAAAGAAUCAGUGCACUUGGUAGAAAAUGAAAUUCAGGCCAGAAUAGACAAUAUCUUCAGCAACUUGGAACGUCUGGAAAUCCUGUCCAGCAAAGAGCCUCCCAAUAAGCGACAGAAUGCUAAACUCCGGGUUGAUCAGCUCAAGUAUGAUGUUCAGCACCUGCAGACAGCUCUGAGGAACUUCCAGCAUCGUCGGUACAUCCGGGAGCAGCAGGAGCGACAGCGAGAGGAGCUGCUUGCACGUACAUUCACUACUAAUGACUCUGACACCACCAUAGCGAUCGACGAAACAUUACAGUUUAAUGAAUCCCUCCAGAAUGCCCAUCGUGGCAUGGAUGAUCUUAUUGGCAGUGGGACCAACAUCCUUCAGGGCCUGAGGGACCAGAGAGUGACAUUAAAGGGUACUCAUAAGAAGAUCCUGGAUGUGGCCAACAUGUUGGGCUUAUCCAACACAGUGAUGCGGCUGAUCGAGAAGCGAGCCUUUCAAGAUAAAUACUUCAUGAUUGGGGGAAUGAUUCUGACUUGUGUCAUUAUGUUUCUCGUUGUGCAGUAUCUGACAUGAGCUACUGAACUGUAUUAUCAGAGGUGAUGGUCUUGUGGAGCAAGAUGGACUGUCCUCCAAAGCAUACUUUCCUUUGAGUGCUGCUUUGGAUAAGCCCCUCCUGUGAACUCCAGGGUUCACAAAUCACACUCAUGCGGGAAGCAUGUAGGGAAACAAAUUUCUCUGGGGUCACUGUAGUUGAGAAUGGCCCUAUAAAAAAAUAACCCCAUCCCCUCCUGCUCUCACCUCAUUGACUGCAAGUUUAAGAAUCUGUUAAGUAGGAAGCAGCAGUAUUGCAAGUUAGGAGUGUCCUUUUGGAUAGGGAUGGGUAGGGAUAAGAGGAUUCAAAGGCAGAGCAUAAGAUGUAAUGAGCUUUUCCUGUGCUAUCUAGAAGGGACCCUGAUCACUGUAUUUUGCCAUGAAAGAAUGCCUGUGAGGAGAAUUUGUAUCAAUUGUAGCACGCUCCUGGGGAGCCAGUGUGCGGAAAGAUAGGAAGUAAAGGAUUCCCAUCUGCAAACUCACUGUUUUGCUUGGAGGAAGAUGGAUUUGUGGGGAAGGGUUUUAAAGCACAGUUAUAACCUCAGCAAACUUUUUUUCGUACACAUACAGUAUUAACCAGCACAAGUAUUGCUGUUUUAGGCUGAAAUGCUUCUCCUCUGAGGUAUGUUUUGGUACCUUUUUAUGCCCUGCAGCUUCCCAGUGGAAGCUGAAUGCUGUACUGCCUGCUUUCAGCUAGAUGCACAUCAAGCCUGUGUCAUCCCACUGUGCCUAGUACCAAAUAUAACCUCUAAGACAUUUUAAAUGCCAGUGCACAUCAUGUUUUGGUGAGUUGUAUUCACUUUCUGAGGUGGUUGGUUGGGGUUUUGUGCUCUGUGGCUGGUAUUUUUUGAGCCUGUGAAGCAGGGAAGUCCUCACUGUGCUCAAAUUGAGGUUUCUGAUUUUUACGUUCAUAGAACUGGAAUGGGCUCUCUGUGCUGUUCAGAAUAACAGUGGGAUCAGGGCAACAGACUAUUCACUUAAAAUGAGCAGUGUCAAAAGAGUUUCCUGAAGUUACGUGCCUUGGGAUGGCAGAAACAUCCAUCACACUGUGUUACCCUUUGUACCUGCAGAAUUACUGUGAAAGAGUCCCACACACAUCAUCUCAGAGGUGAGGACAGCCAGCUUAGAUGUAUCUCCUCACAGUUAUGAAAUGCCUCAUUGUGUAAAUAUGGCACUUACCCUGUGGACUGGUGGGGCUCCAUUGGAAUGGCCUUCCUGAGAUUUUGGGCAUCAUCCAUUUCAAUCCACUUUCAGAUACAUUCCCAUCCCAGUGGAGCAUCUGGAGCAUUUCCAGAUGCUCAACACAGAAGGGUCAUAUGUGGCAUAAUGAUGGCAAUUCCUUGGGGUUUUUUCUGCCUGGAAUGGUUGUGAGUCUCUUACUUAGUAACAGAUUACGAGUUCUGCCUUCUGUCUUUGAUGCAAUGAGCUUUGUUUUUAUUACGCAGUCUGGAGAAAUGGUAUUAAUAACUGUACAAAGCGAAUUUGGGCUAAUAGGGGCAAGUGAGGCAGGGUUUAGCUAUUGUUUAUGCAGCUUUUUUACAGGUGCCUAACUGAAGUACUGCCUGACUUAUGUGCUGUGGUACAGCUUUAUGCGCAGGUGAGAGAACUCAGCUCAAUCUGCUGUUAUAGGCCAGUCAGCUUCACACUUGGAACACAGGGCAGGAGAAGAGUCAGGGCUCAGAGCACUGGCUGGCUCCUGCAGAUGCAGAAGUGAAGGCCAGGCUGCUGUCAGUGCCUAGAUAAUCCUCUCAAAUGGUUCAGCAGAAGAAAGCCUCGAUGCUUGUUACAUAUCCAGUGUGCAGCUCACCUUCUGGUUGCCCAUUUUCUGCUUCUCAGUGUGCUCUGUGCUCCUCAGUUCACCAGGCCUUCCAAAUGAAACACGUUAGCAGAUCAAGUAGUUAUUUGAGGGAUGAAGGAAUUAAAAGGAGGUCUGCAGUGAUAAAUCACCUAUCUUGCUGUAUCUGUAAUCUAAAUCCUGUAUCUAGAUCAACCUUACAUUUAUUUUAAAUCUGAAAUCUAAUAGAUACUGUACACUUGAGAGAUCCUCUUCUCUGAGAUCAGUUUGGCAUCUUUUAAAGGGAUCCCUGGCAAAUCUUUUUGUUCCCAUAAACUGGUCCAAUUCCACUUUGAUUUUCCAGCUUCAUGGUUUGGCUUUCAAAGAAUGUCCUCUGAUGGUGUGUCAAGUUCAUGUAAUUGUGACCUGGGGUAGCAGGAUCUGGCUUCUACCAAAGUGGGACUUCAGCCAAUUUGUUUCCUAUAUUUGGCUUGUGGUAGGAGCCAUAAAAUAAUUGGAACGGGAUUUUUUGUUUCCUGGUUUUGAAACUAUGUUGACAUUUUAAUACAUUUCUGUUUAUUUUGCCCUCUUAGGGUUUCCAUGUACUGCUGUAGGCUGAUUUCCCCUUUGUAAGCAGUGUCCUUGCUAUUCAUUGUCUAGAGGUGCAGUGUGGGGCUUGAAGGAACAACCUGGGUAACUGGACUUGAUGACUUCAACAGAUCUGUACUGCAUGUCAAGUCCAAAAUGAUGUACAAGAGCAUCUGUGCUGUGUCAGACAUGUAAAACCCUCAAAGCUUCUGUCAUUACAGCAGGAGCACAGGUAGGCUCAGGAUUCCUGCUAACAUGAAAUGACACAGAGCUGAAACCCUCAUCUCUUUACAGAUGUUGCUGCUGUGGCUCUGUAGUUUUCUUUCUUCCUAAAGACCACCUUUUCCUCAACAGAGUUGUUUUGUUUCUGAACUCGUGUGGCAUGGCCAAGUAUCCCAGCUGUUGGAUGAACUGUUCUCAUGAGAGGACCCUGUGGAAAUUAACUUUCCAUUGGAAAAAAACCAACCCUUUUUACCAGUAUUUUAUACAUGAAGGGGCAAGGGUGGGACAUGAUGUGAUUCAUGUGAUGGGAAUAAAGAUUUUUUUUCAACCAAA